AAAAUAAUAAAAUGCUGAUCUCACACAGUUCCUGGGCUUGCCGCUCUCUCGCUCUCUCCCCGUUUGCCCUGCCUGCUAGGUUCACACCGCUCGGGGUGGGGGAGACAAAAGGCAGAGGCCGACACAGCCUGCCUGGGAGGUAAGUCUGGGUCCCUUUCCCCCCCCUUUCCCCCCUCCUCGGCUUCGUGGGAAUUUAAGAGGCGGCAAGCGGGUGGCGAGAAAAUUGUACCCCAGGCAAAGGCAGGGGAAGUCGCCGGCUAUGUUUGGGCUGAGUCCUUGUGGGGUGGAGAGUGUUGCUGAAGGAUAACUGAACAGCUCUUCUAUACACCCGGACACACACAGGCCCGGUCGGCACACGCAACAGAUAAGGCGGUAGAAUCCAGGCAUGAGAUCAGCGAGGACUGUACCGUUUUGCCGUGUGCACAGGCAACACCCCCUGCAAAUGUCUGUGUGUGUCCUGUAAAAUCAGACAAAAUGAAUUUCUGUGCAAGUAGCUCACUAGGUGACCAGUUAGAAAGGGUCAGAGCCUGGGGUGGGGUGUCCCCCCCCCCCCACCGCUGGGCUUGCCCUCAAACCUGAAGAGACUGUACCACAAAAAAGCUGCAAGCUGGGAGUUGGCGGAACGUCGCUGAAAUCCCUCAGAAAGGAUUUUGGUUCACUUUCAAGGGGAUCCAGGCAGGGUCUUUUCAACUCUCCACCUGCAGCCUGAAGUGGCGCAGCCUGCUCUGCAAGGACUCUACCACUUCCUCCUGCUGCAAAAGUGUAGAGUAGGCCCCACCCCAUGUCUGGUGGGAGGGGUGUGUGUGGGCAUCACAAAACGCAGUUGUCUCUUGCUAACUGAAGAUUUGGAAGAGAGGAGGAGGGCUUGCGAGGAAAUAGAUCUAUGGGGUGAAGGUGGAGGAGAGCUUAAGUCAUGUUUUAAGCCUUGAUGGCGAGGUUAGAAACAGGUGGAUCCUCUAAUCCAGACGAAGGAAGUCUAGGUGGUUCAAAGGAGAUCCCCAAGCAAUUGAAUUCAGACUCAAAAGUGGCAUCAAAUCUUCAAAACAGAUUUGAGCCAUCCUGGAACCCUCCCCAAGGCAAGCUGCAUUUAAAUAAUUUUGGGAACUCUAGUUUGCAGGCGCUGAGACUUGCAGCUCGGCUAAAGGGCGAACUACAGUUCCCGGGAUUCUUCGGGGGGGGGGUUAUGCUUUAACUGUACACAGCCACUGUCUCUCAAAUGGUGUGAAACUGGACAGCUACUACCCUUUUUAUGACUCCGUCGAUGGAGGCAGCGCUAGGCAGAGUGACAUAGCAAAAAAAAAAAAAAAAAAAGCAAAAGAUAAUUGUUAUGGAUAGUGGCCUCACCCUGAGCAUCUCACAGCCUUAAAGGUUCUGGAAGCCAAGAAGGGAGAGAGAGAGAUCUGGGCAAAGGAGGGAGGGCUUUUGGAAAGCUCAGUUGUCCGCCUGGGAAAUGAGGCCGAGGGCCAAGUUGUGGCUGCGGAGUAGGUGGGGAUCACGCAGGGAAAGGAUGCAGCCCAGGCAUGGAGCACUUGCCUUGAAAGCAGAAGGUCCAUGGUUCAAUUUCCGACACCUUCAGUUAGCGCUGCCUAAAACUCUGGGGAGCUGCUGCCAGUCAGAGCAAACAACACCACGCUAGACAGACCCUAGUGACCAGACUCAGUAUAAGGCAGCUUGCUUGGUUUCAUUUCAAAUUGGCCCUUUAUUGAGAACUAUGACGACUAGAGGGAUGCGGGUGGCGCUGUGGGUUAAACCACAGAGCCUAGGACUUGCCGAUCAGAAGGUCGGCGGUUCGAAUCCCCGCGACGGGGUGAGCUCCCGUUGCCCGGUCCCUGCUCCUGCCAACCUAGCAGUUCGAAAGCACGUCAAGUGCAAGUAGAUAAAUAGGUACUGCUCUGGCAGGAAGGUAAACGGCAUUUCCGUGCGCUGCUCUGGUUCGCCAGAAAUGGCUUAGUCAUGCUGGCCACAUGACCCGGAAGCUGUACGCCGGCUUCCUCGGCCAAUAAAGCGAGAUGAGCGCCGCAACCCCAGAGUCGGCCAUGACUGGAUCUAAUGGUCAGGGGUCCCUUUACCUUUACCUAUGACAACUAGAAUCUUAAUGGAAGGGUUGUAUCUGAGGGGCAGAACACCUGCUUUGCCUGCAGAAGGUUCCAGGUUCAAUCCCCAAUAACAUCUUCAGGUAGGAGGCCAGUGGUGGUGUAGUGGUUAAAGUGGUAGACUAGGACCUGGGAGAGACCAGGGUUCAAAUGCUGCCACUCAGCUAUGGAGCUCACUGGGUGACCUUGGGCCAGUCACUGCCUCUCAGCCUAACCCACCUCACAGGGUGGUUGUGAGGAUCAAAUGAGGAAGAGGAGGAGAAUUGUGUACGCCGCCUUGAGCUCCUUGGAGGAAAAGUUGGGAUAGAAGUGCAAUAAAUAACUUAGUAAAAAUAAAUAGAUAGGACAGGGAAUGCCCUCCCUCUGAAAGCCUGGAGAGUCGCUGCCAGUCAGUGUAGACAACAUCGCGUUAGAUAGAGCCAAGCGUCUGAACUGCGAUAAGGCAGGGGUUGACUGGGGGGAAUGGAAGGAGGGGUGGAGGUGGAAACUGCACAAUGUUUCAGGGAGGGGAUUGCCGACAUAAAGCCAGAGUAUUCCUAGAUACUUAAAAGAUCUCUAGAGCAGGAGACCCAUCACUCCUAUCCAAAGCUGCAUAAAAUUUGCACACACUAACGACACACAUAGAUUAAAAUUUAGACUUCAGAGGUUACAGACUUUGCAAGCCCAUUCACUUCCCAUCCAAAUUGCCCCACUGAUUAAUUUUUCGUUUAAUGCACACCCCACCCCAGAUUCAUCUGCCGUCUCCCAACACUUCUGUUCCCAGCUGAUUCAACUGCCAUUCAGUUGCCCUCCUCCCCAAUCCCCCAAUCUCUCAAAUCAUCUCUAGGUAAAGUUAUACAGCUUAGGCCCAGGCUAUAUGAAGGACUGUAUCCUCACAUACAAACCUGCCUGGGGGUUUAAAAUCUUCAGGAGAGGCCUUUCUCUCAGUUCCAGCACCCUCACAGGCACGCUUGGUGGGGACACAAGAGAGGGCCUUCUCGGUGGUGGCUCCUCCCAGACAACUUUGGAACUCUUUCCCUGGAUAAACCAGACUGGCUCCCUCCUUGUUGUCCUUCUGCUGGCAGGUAGACUUGGGGGAGUGACUGUGGUUUUUUUUUGUGUUUUCAUUUAAGGAAAGGGCUGCACUGUUUUUACUGCCUACAUUUAAACAGUUUUGUUUUUACUUUGUUUUUAAUUCUAUUAGAGCUUAACAACCUUUUAACUAUUUUUUUAAAUACGUUUUUAGCCUUCUGCAUUUUAUCUGUGCUCUUUUAACUUGUGCAAGCCACCUUGAGCCCCGGCUUGGGAAAAAGAGGUGGGGGGGAUAUAAAUAAAUAAAUAUAAUAACAAUUCAUAAUCUUAAAUUAACCUGUUUCCCCCCUCCAGUUAAUAUCCUACCCAGUGACCCAGAUCCCCAGAUCCCCGAGUUCAUUACCAGUUCAGAAACACUCAGGGCAAUUUUCAAACAAAGAAGAUUUGGGGCCAAAGGGCAGAGUCUUGGGGAUUUGGAAAGGGAUCUCUGCAAGCAUAAGGGGCUGUAGCUCAGGAAAGUCCUUCAAACUUUGCAAAGGACACCUGCACACUCAGUGUCCGCAUUAGGACCACAUUAGAGGCAAUGCACAGAAUAAUGGAACCGUAGAAUUGUAAGGGGCCCCAAGGGCGAAAGGGGGGCCCAUCCACUCCAGUGUCUGUGGCCAAACACCCAAUGAACUUAUGGAUCUAGAUAGACUGCCUCUGGACCUGGAGGUUCUAUAAGGACAUCAAAAUAGCCUGGCUGCUGGACCAGGCCAAUGGGGGCCUGUCUAGUCCAGCAUCCUGUUUCCACAGUGGCCAAUCAAAUGCCCCGAAUAGUAAGCCCACAAGCAGCACCCGAGCACAGCAGCAGCAAGUCUCCCCGCUUGUGAAUCCCAGCGCCUAGCGCACUGGGAGAGAUUCUAGCGCCACGCUGAAUGCAGAGAUGGUGCGGCAGGUUUCCCGGAGGGCUCCGGGUUGCUGUGUCCUUGCUUCCUACUCGGAAGUCCAGCUAAGCCCCCUCCUCCCUGUUAAUUAACCCUCGCACAGUGCUAGACCACCUGGCAGGGCAGAUCUCCAGACCCAAGACGGGAGCCAGAGGGUGUCAAAAGAGAACCGGCUUCUGUAUGUUUGUGUUUGUUAUGGACGUAAAAUCUUCCUUCCUUGGCUACGUUUUAGAUUAGAGGUGGAGGGGAGGAGGAGGAAAAGAAAAAACCCUAAAGAAGAGUCCAGAUUGAGAUCUAGUAAAUCAUGAGCAGUGUGGAGACAGGGGAAACCGAGAGUCUGUCUGCUCAGUGAAUCAUAGAACUGUAGAGUUGGAAGGGGUUCCCAAAGGUCAUCCAGUCCAACCCCCUGAAAUGCAGGAACCACAACUAAAGAAUUCCUGUCAAAUGGCCAUUCCAACAUCCGCUUGAAAACCUCCAAGGAAGGAGAGACCACCAACUUCCAGCAUUGCAUAAUACUAGAAUAUGGGGUGGCUAGGUGAAACUGAUGUGCGGAACUCACCGCCACAAGAUGUGGAUUGGUGCUGACUGAAACUGGCUUUAAAAACGGGAUGAGACAAAUUCAGAGGCCUAUCGAGGGUUGUAAGUCCCGAUGGCUGGAAUGGGUCUUUCAGGGGCAGUCCGCCUAAGAGAGCACCAGAUUCUGGAGAGCAGACAAAGGAAAAGGCUCUUUCCUACCUGCUUUGUGCUGGUGGGCUGAGGGAAGAGGCUGGAUUAGAUGAAGCAGCUUGGCCCGUCUCACAUUCUUAUGUCUAAACCUGGCGUGUGGCACUGGGAUGUUGGCUCAGGUGAAUCUGGGAAAGACGGAGCUUCCCAGCGGCAUUUGUUUGCCCCUGUCAGAGACAAAGCAGUCUUGAUGGACAUGCUCUCUGUGGCGCUGUCAGAGUAAGACUUUAGGGCAGACGUCUAGAGUACCACUCGGUGGGAGGAGGUAAAAAUUGUCUAAGGUAAAGGUACCCCUGCCCGUACGGGCCAGUCGUGUCCGACUCUGGGGUUGCGCGCCCAUCUCGCUUAAGAGGCCGGGGGCCAGCGCUGUCCGGAGACACUUCCGGGUCACGUGGCCAGCGUGACGAAGCUGCUCUGGCGAGCCAGCACCAGCGCAGCACAUGGAAACGCCGUUUACCUUCCCGCUAUAAAGCGGUACCUAUUUAUCUACUUGCACUUAGGGGUGCUUUCGAACUGCUAGGUGGGCAGGAGCUGGGACCGAAAGACGGGAGCUCACCCCGCUGCGGGGAUUCGAACCGCCGACCAUACGAUCGGCAAGUCCUAGGCGCUGAGGUUUUACCCAUAGCGCCACCCGCGUCCCUAAAAAUUGUCUAGUGUGGAUUUAAAAGAGAAAGAAAAAAAGGUAGCCUCCUUCAUCUUUCUUCUGUCAAUCAAAGGGAAUAUGACAUGGCCAACGUUUAUUUAUUUAUUUUUGGCAAUGCAAAGUAGGAGCUUAAUCUCCUCCCAAAUGGUGGCAGGAAAGAUGCAGAUAUUGAACCAAAACACUUGAUUGGCCAAGAUAAGAAUGUGGGAGUCAUCUAAAGGUGGGCUGUCGCCACCAACAACAUAUUUCAGCGUGGAAAGAUGUGCCCCUGUGGACGUUCAUUUAUGCCAGGCAUCCCCAAACUCGGCCCUCCAGAUGUUUUGGGACUACAAUUCCCAUCAUCCCUGACCCACUGGUCCUGUUAGCUAGGGAUGAUGGGAGUUGUAGUCCCAAAGCAUCUGGAGGGCCGUGUUUGGGGAUGCCUGAUUUACGCUCACUAAACUUGCCGCUGUUGUUUCUCUGCUAUGGUUUCUCUGUCUGCCAGAGGCUGUCAGGGCAUUCUUUUUACUCUGACAGGUGGGACGCUUCACCAGCUGAAUGUCCACCUGCAUGGCAACCGUUACAGCCGGUGUGGGGAAGAUUUGGCCCUCCCCUCCAGGUGUUUCUCUGAAUGGCAACUCCUAUCAGCCCCAGCGCUCCUAAGGGCCAGGGAGGAGGAGGGUAGUUAUCAUCCAGGAACAUUCCUGCUUUGUGGUGGUUGGACUAGAUCAGCCUUUCUCAACCUGUAGGUCCCCAGAUGUUGUUGAACUACAACUCCCAUCACCCCUAGCUAGCAAGGCCAGAGCUCAGGGAUGAUGGGAGUUGUAGUCCAACAACAUCUGGAGACCCACAGGUUGAGAACCGCUGGACUAGAUGAUCCUUGGGUAUCUCUUCCACCUCUACCAUUCCAUGAUUCUAUGAACAUCUGGAGGGCCAAAGGCUCCCCACACCUGUGUUUCCAGAAACAGGAUGCCGACCCCCACCUCCCCGCUUUUCUUUGCCUAUCACAUCGCUUGCUGGAAACACAACCAACUUGCGCGACAGGCAGAAAUUCCGCUGGUUAAGCAAUCCCACAGUGGUUGAAUUACUAUCCGCCGCAGGUUAUUAAAGUGCACAGGAAGUGGAGAAUGGAAGUUUGACCAUAUUUUAAGGCAUCUUGGGGGAAACAAACAAACCUAUUUAGUUUAGAUCUUUCCAGAAGAGGGCCGGCUGAGUUUGUCACCCCUUAUAUCUGCUCAGACAGACCUCCUCCUCUUUUGCACGGAGGUUGAAUUCUGAGAGCACACAAGAACUCUUUGAUUCCAGGACUCCUGUUUCAGAAAGCUUCUUAUCUUUUGGGGGAAAGUGAGGAGGAGAGGAAGGGAGAGAAGAGACCGAUCAAAGAAGUAGGUUGGAAAACAGGAAGGCAUUACAGUGGUACCUCGGGUUACAUCCGCUUCAGGUUACAUCCGCUUCAGGUUACAGACUCCGCUAACCCAGAAAUAGUACCUCGGGUUAAGAACUUUGCUUCAGGUUGAGAACAGAAAUUGUGCUCCGGUGGCGCAGCAGCAGUAGGAGGCCCCAUUAGCUAAAGUGGUGCUUCAGGUUAAGAACAGUUUCAGGUUAAGUACAGACCUCCAGAACGAAUUAAGUAUUUAACCCGAGGUACCACUGUAUCUGAAAGGUACUAGAAAAAGCAGGGAGUCCAUCUGGUAUAAGGGAGGGCCUCAGCUCAGUGGUCAGAACACCUGCUUUGCAUGCAGAAGGUCUGAGGUUCAAGCCCUGCCAUCUACAGGUAGGGCUGGGAGAGAAAGCUGCCUGGCAUCCUAGAGAGCAGCUGCCAGUCAGUGUUGACAAUACCAAGCUGGAUGGACUGGGGGUCCGGCUCAGGAUAAAGCAGCUUCCUAGGUUCUUAAAAAGAUGAAACAGAAUUAUAGUGUUUAAAUUACUGCAGUGCGUGAAUUCUGGCCACAGCUGUCCUUGGGUGGGCUCGAACCACCAACCUUCUGGUUAUCAGCCAGACGCAUUGACCCAUUGCGCCCCUGGGUCCUUGAAGUAGAUUAACUAGGUUAAAAAGAGAAUCACAGAAUUAAAAACACACACACACCCCAGCUCAAAAAAAAAAAAAAAAAGACAUUUAAAGGGUACCAUGUGUAUCAGACUUCAAAGUGUUUCCUUUGCAUUCAUUUAGUCCUGUACAACAGCCCUGUGUGGUGGGUUGGGUCCAUUUUGUGAUAGAGAAGGUGAGACCGGAAAUGAAGGAGGGAGGGGAAGAGAGCAAGAGCCAGAUUGAGAGCAUUUUCCUGGAGCACUCCCCACCUGCCUUGUAAGAGAGUGAUAAGCAGACAGACUAAUUAUUGAGGGACUGCUCAAUCUGAUUUCUCCAUCAUUAGGUUUCAGAGCCUUCCUGCAUCUGUCAUUUAAUCUGAUACAGCAGGUUUCUAGCCUGGGGUUCCUCAGGAAUUAUAGGAAACCAAUUCUGAGACCUGUGUUUAAAAAUCGGCGUAGUUUUGAAAGGUUCAUUUGACCAUCUUGAUUCAAAAUGGCGCCCAGCGGUACCCAAAUGUAGACAGAAACGUGCUGCUGAUCUCAGGAACCACCGCACAAAAUUUGGUUAUGCUAUCUUGAGAAGUGUCCAAAUGCAUAGCUAAGAGACACAGAGUGUGAUUGCACAGACAUAUGUGAAUGAUUUUACAUAUUUAAAAACAUUGCGUGGCGCAGCCCUCCAGAGAGGAUACGACUUCAGACAGCACACAACAGGAUGUCCUCUCCCCACAAGCCCCAAAUCCCAACCGUGUUAAAGAAUCAGUCUGGUCUUAGAAUCAUAAAUGGUAGAGUUGAAAGGGACAUCCGUGGGUCAUCCAGCCCAACCCCCUGCAAUGCAGGAAUCACAGCUAAAGAACCCCCGACAGAUGACCAUCCAACCUCUGUUUAGAAACCUCCAAGGAAGGAGAGUCCACCACCUUCAAAGGGAAGUUCUUCCUUCUUGUUUUCUGUGGCACUUUUGACAUAGGGCACAGGGGCACCCAUUCCAUCUUGUAUUUGCAUUCUGAAGUGGUACAGUCCCUUGGGGAGCUUAUACCUUAAACCCAGGGAAGGGGAGCCUGUGGCCCUCCAUAUGAUGAUGGACUAUAAGUGCCAUCAUCCCUGACCACUGGCUGUGCUGGUUGCUGGGAGCAACACCUGGAAGACACCAGAUUCCUCAGCAUUGCUUUAAAACCCUCAGCCUUUGAGAACCGGGUCCUGACAAUCAGCUGAAUGGGGUGGCUUAAAACAGCUGUUUUGGGGAACUCAUUCAACACCUCCCCCCCCCCCGCCAAUGCAGAAGCUUCUGGCAAAUGGAGCGCUGCCCUUUAGGCAGGACAGAAAAUUAAAGUACAGUGCGAAAUACCAGUCGUUUUCUUUUGGGUGAACGGGUAAGCUUGUUUGCUUGUUGAACACUCUGAUGUGGCCAUAAAUGCCUGCAUUGAUCUAUUUGUCUGGACCGUUCAAUUAAGGCCAUAGACUGAAAUGUGACCUGAUUUGAAUUAAACAAGCACACACACCAAAAUUGGAUGCUGAGAGUUUCAAGAACAAGAUAUAAACUUAGCAGGAGACCCUGCUCUUCAAAGAAACUCAAGUCACAAGCACCAUGGUUGAAUUAACAUUUGGGUUUAGCUUUGUUGGUGUGUGUGUCCCCAAGUCAGGAGGACUCAAACUUGGAACAUAUUAUGUUGAAACAGAUCCAAGUGCCCCUGCUCCAGAAAUAUCUGGAAGAAUCAAGUAAUUAAAUAGUAAUCAAUUGACACUCAUAGGGUUAAUUGACUAUGUUUUCUUUAAUCAGGUGCCAGCCCCAAUACUACCACUAAUUUAUAGUGGUAAGAGGUCCCAGAAACCAACUUAGCUGACCAGUCAGAAAAACCAAGAGGCAAGGAGUUCCACUGGUUUUCCCCCCCAACAGUGUCCCAUGUUGCCCUGUGCCUGAUUUUACACUGGAUCUUUUAGAGUUGCCUCCUAGUUACUCACUGGGACUUCUUUCUAUCCCCCUAAAUCCAGCUUCAUCCUCCUCAUUCUACAUCACAGGAGAGACAACACCUUUGCAUAAACCGCAGCAACCAUGACGACUUCAUACCAGAAAGAGCUGGAGAAAUAUCGAGACAUUGAUGAAGAUAAGAUCUUGAAUGAACUAUCUGCGGAGGAGCUGGCUCAACUUGAUGUAGAGCUUCAGGAAAUGGACCCUGAAGUGAGAUUGAGGGGGGUGACAAUUUGGGGUAGAAGGUGGGAUUCUUGAAAAUUCUAGAUUAAAUUUUAGGUUUUUGAGGGAAACAGAAAUACGACUGCCUAGACAUGAUUUUAGGGAUGGGGGAGAAAUUCAGUCUCAUUCACAAUUAAAAGACAAGCUUACUUAAUUUGCACUUUUUGCAAAUAUUGUUUGAAAUUUCACUUCGAAUUUUGCAAUGCAGUUCUCCAGCUAAGUAACGUGUGCAACAAAAUGCAUUUGACAGGGUAAAACGUUCCUCUAAAUGUAUACAUUAGGGAAACUGAUGUACAAAAAUGUAUUAUGUUACAGAAAUUUGCUCACGAAAGUGUAUACACAAUGCAAAAAUGCUUUAAAAUGUGUAUGCUGAAAUAAAUUCACACUAAAAUGUUGAUGAAUUUUUGCGAGGAGUUUAAUAUGGAGAACUGAACUUAAGAUUGAUAAAAUGAAAGCAACCAAAACCAGCAGAUUCACCUAUCCAGAUGGUUUUUGAAGCAAACCCCCUGGUGCUGAAUCAAAACAUUCAUAGCUGCCUUCUUCCUUUAUAAUUUUUAUUAAAAUUCACAGCCUUCUUGAAUGUGAAGAUGGUGAAACUUAAUUUUCCUUAGGGGCAACAAGUGAGACUGCAACAAACGUAUGGUAUUAAAAACAGCUUAUAAAAAUGUGUUUGUUAUGAGAAAUUCGCACUAAACGAUGAUGAAUUUUCAUGAGGAUUUUUUUUUAUAAUUACAAAUUGCUGCAAAAUGUGGAUAACUGAAUCUAAGAUUGGGGGGAAAUGUGAAACUGAAAGAACCAAAAUUGACAGAUCCUGCCAGCCCUUUCCAGGGCACGCCAUUCCUCACACCUUCCACUUUCCACUUUUGUGCCCUGACAUCAGAGGCAAUCUGUGACCACUGUGCAUGCCCUGCAUAGUCUGGACUACUUUGGGGAGUGGGAUUCCUUCAGGUUUUCCUCCUCUAAAGAGAGAGGCAUAGUGUUUCUUCAAAUUUUGGGGUUCCCCCAAGCCUGCUGAUCCCUGUGCAUGGAUGAUAAAGAUCAACCCUCAGAGAAUGAGUUUGCUUAAAGUUUCAACUUUUAAGUCUUGGUGAUAACUUUUUAUUAUAGCAUUUUUUAAAGGUCCUCAAAUGCACCCAUUUUAAAUACACAAUUGCGAAAUAUCUUGCAAAGAUUAGCCAUGCUGAUUUUUUUGGGUGGCUUCUUCCUCCCUAUCUUUCUGCUCUGCCAUUGAGCCUAUAACUCUAACAUUAAAGGGGUAAGGCUGCAGGAUGGAAUCGAGUUUAGGAGAAUACCAAUUUGGAUUUUUGCAAUGUACAUUUGGCUUAGGAACGUUUGCUCGGGAAUCAAGAGGGUAUGGGUAUCGAGACCGAAUAUUAUCAAUUAUCAUUGUCAUACGUUCAAAUUAGGAAAUAGUCACACAUCUAGGCAGUAGGCGUGGAAGGAACUUUAGGUUACUAUUUUCCCAGGAAUUGUUUCUGCCCACCCCUACAAAUCCCUCCCUCACAACCCCAAGGGCAAGUUUUGUGGUGAUGAACAAGAGCACGGAAAGUUUAAAAGUAGUAGCCGUGUCAUGUCACUCCCCAGUAGCACACAAGCAAUUUCCCGUUGCCAGUGUUGUUAGGUGGGAGAGGGGAGCAGGCACAUUGAACAGAUGAUACCUAACAGGGAAAUAUAAUGAAGCCUGAAGCUUCACCUGUUGAGUUAAUUUUGAUGGCCUGGUUGAAAGUCCUUGUUCUGAUGCAGCCAGAAGCCCUAUCCUACAGUACUGGGUGAUACAAUGCCACUGUUGUAUAACUCGCUCACCCCCAUUCUGCUCUGCCUCAUAGAAUGUGAUGCUCCCAGCGGGUUUCCGGCAACGAGACCAGACGAAGAAGAGCCCGACGGGUCCACUGGAUCGAGACGCCCUCAUGCAACACCUGGAGAAGCAGGCAAUGGAAGCGAAGGAGCGGGAAGACCUGGUGCCCUUCACAGGAGAGAAAAAAGGUAUUUGUCCAAUUUCCAAGCUGGAUGCUGCGAUUCCAAGGCUGGGUGGAUGGACUGCCAAGCUUCCUUCUAUCGUCCCAUCUGCAGCAGCAGGAUGUGCAACUGUGCUGCACCAAGUGCCACCUACAGAUUUUUGCAGAUUGAGCUGUUCUUGAAGGCAGAGGAGCAGCCCAUUUAAACCAAAAACAAAAGCCCUUAUGGUCAGCUGGCAACCCUAAAAGUCAGUUUCAGUGAGUUAUUUGUUUAUUGCAUUUAUAUCCUCCAAGCAGCUCGAGGUGGUGUACGUGGUUCUCCCCAUUUUAUUCCCACAACAACCCUGUGAGGUAGGUUAGGCUGAGAAGCAGUGAUAUCCAGUGAGCUUCAUGGCUGAGUGGAGAUUUGAACCCUGAUCUCAUAGUCUGACACUCUAACCAUUACUACCAUAAUGGUUACUAUUGAGUUACUACUGAGCUACUGGGAUUGCAUGAGAUUAUACCCUCUGUGAUUGGUGAAUCGUAUGGAGCAUCUGGAUUGGCCAGGUCUGAUUUAAAUAGCAGAAGCCUGGACAUCUGCCUUUGGACAAAUAAAUUUUAUUUUCUGCCUGCUGUGUUUCAGGCCCCGGAGUAGCCUCAUUCUCUAGCAUUUCUCCUGUUACAAAGAUGUAGAAAUUCAUUCUAUUCAAAUGUCACAUCAAACUGUGGUCAGCAGCUAGGCAUGACACUAAUUUGAGAAAGCAUGGUUUGCCAUCAGCCCCAGAAUCCAUUGGUUUGUAUGUUUCCAGACCAGGCUUGUCCUAGGCAUCACCAUGGUUUGCGUCUGGUGCCAGAAACCAUGGUUUGACAAGUCUGCAAACCAUGGGCCUGUACUAUGCUGGGUUGUGACAUUUGAAUUGGCAAGCCAUGUUUUGUGAUAAUCUGGUGAGCAAGGCUGAGAAACCAUGGUUUGUGUGCUGUAUGAUUCAAUGGGAUGUUCAAAUUGACAGAGCAGACUGACUACUAGUUUCCUGUCUCCAGAAGCCACUGCACAAUCAAAAUGAGAUUAAAUGCAUCAGCUUGAGCUCUGAGAUAUUGGGAAACAAAAGCAGGCAAGCAGCUGUAAACCUUGGUUUGCUUGUACUUUGAUUAUAAACUGUGAUUAGCACAAACCAUGCUUGGGGUGCCAUCUCUGAACUGUCCUGGCCUUGAAAGCUUCCACACUCCUUUGUGACACUGUGAUUGGCCUAAGAAUGCCAUUGUCUGAUAUGGAUUUUGGAAUUUGCCAUUUGCAAUAUCCUUAAAAAACCCUGGGUGCUAGCAUCAGUUUUAUUGGUGGUUCCAAAUCCAUGGCUGCCAUUUUGAUUGGGGGCAAGAGGUGCUGGAGGCAUGUGCAGAGAGACAAUCACGUACGCUCCAUAGGUCUUCGAGACCAGCUCUGUCCCAGCUUGGCGCCGGGCAAAAGCUGCUCCUGAGUGUUGCCAGAAUCCUACUGUGCGUGCUGUCCCAGAAUUGAGAUGGGAUUGAGAGGAAAAGUUAUAUUUAGCUCGGCCGGGAGCACGCCGAGGAUUCAAAAUAGCCCGGUGUGUAGCUCAGAUGUCCUGACCCACAAAAGGUUCCUAAGUGCUCCUGGUAAAGGCUCACGGCAUCUCUUCAAAUCAUCCAUCAACACACCUGGGGGGGGGGGGGGAAUCAAAUUCGUAGCUCUCUCUCAUGCGUGUCGGCACCAGUGUGAAUUGGGACUUCCUUCUGAGUAGACAAUGGCGCAUUUGCAGCUGCAUGUUCUUCAUCCUUGACCUUCAACUGCAGCUACUUGACCCCACAAUGAAAGGCAUGAAAAGGAGGACAUUGAUUUUAAGGACUUGCCUUCAUUCAGAGUUGCAUCCUUCACAUAUGCUAAAAGCACUUUCAGGGCAUCCUGCUGCUGUACAUUAAGGGUGUUUGUCAUAUUCUUCUUUAUGAUGUUCUUCCAUUUGCAGAUUUUGCAUGUGACCCUGAGAGCUGAGGUAUUGCAAAGAGAUUCCCCUGCGAGACCUCAGAUCUCAGCUGUCCAGUGGCUUUGCUCAGGUCAGGCAAAGGUUGUUGUCAUUUACUUGCAGAGGUCCUCUCUGUGUGUGGCACCAACCAGAGGAACCAAAGUUUUAUAAUCAGCUUGUGAGAGCAUAAAUUUGAGCUGUCCAGUGGUUCUGCUUGCCAAAAAUUCUUUUUAAAAAGCCAAAGUAGGUACAUAUAUCUCACAUCUUAUUUGGUAACAUUUUAAAAUACAUUUCAUUCCACCUUUGACCACAAAACUUGCAGAAACCUUAUAUUGUGCAUCAGAAAACACAUCCCUAAAAUGGCAUUUUAGAAACUGAUCACUGGUUAUCUGCCAUUCACCUGAAGAUAGACAGGGGACAAAUGUUCCACCCCUAUACUCCAGGCAGGCUCCUCUGCUUUUAAGAGCAGUACAACAGGCAGAAAUCCAACCAGUCUAGCUACUGGUACAUGGAGGCAGAGUGACAAGGAAACCUCUUCACUUGUUGAAUUCCUCCCUGUGGCAUUUGUACUCUGCCCUUUCUUCAAGGAGCUCUGUGUCACCAUGCAACAACUCUGUGAAGCAUGCCAAUCUGAGAGACUACUGUAGCCAGCUCCUCCAGUGAACAACAAGGCUCCUGGUAAUUGAAUUUUAAAAUGAAUUUAAAGGGAUUUAAAUUCAUGAUCCAUUUGGCCUUCAAUGGGUACAUCAGGACCCAUUACAUCAGAAGUAAUGUGUCUCUCACCCAUUUUGAGGGCCCAAUCCAGCUGUAUGUUUAGCCUGAAGAGCUGUCACAUGGGAGAUGGAACAAGCUGGUUUUCUGCUGCUCUGGAGGAGAGGACCUAAACCAAUGAAUUCAAAUGACAAGAAAAGAAAUUCCGAUUGAACAUUAAGAAGAGCUUUCUGACAGUAAGAGCUGUUUGAGAGUGGAACCGACUUCCUCUGACAGUGGUGGACUCUCCUUCGUUGUAGGUUUUAAAACAGAGGCCGGAUGCCCCUCUGUCAUGGAUCCUUUAGCUGUGAUUUGUGCAUUGCAGGGAGUUGGACUAGAUGACCCUUGGAGUCCCUUCCAACUUUACAGUUCUGUGAUUCUAAAUAGCUGUCAUGGUGAGAUGAAUAAUGUAGUGUUUGGCAGAAACUGAACCGCAGUGUAAGAGAAACGGAACCGAUUAUGACUAAUGCAGUUUGGAAUAGAAACCGUUGCCUUCUGACAUCCCUUGCGUGUCAAAAGCAGCAGCACUAUCCUUUCCAGAUAUCUUGCAGCAUAACCAAUGGCAUUUGUGUUGAAUCUUGCCGGGGAUUGGCCAAUCCCGUGGAGAGGCAGCAGCAGUCAGAUUCCGAGUGUCGGUGAUAAGGAGCAACAGGUGGACUCUGCCAGCAGAUUGGAAGAUGGUGUGUGUGUGUGUGUGUGUGUGUGUGUGUGUGUGUGUGUGUGAAGGCAUCUCAGGUUCACCCUAUUCGCGCCUCCUCUCACUUUGUGGUUCCCACGCUAAUUUACUUCUCUCCACGCUGGAACGAAGAAAAGAUCCCGGAGCCGGGACGUUUCUAAAGGGCAGCUUUGAUUCUCCCUUUUCCCAGUCUCAUUGGGGCCUAAAAAAAGAUUUCCUGAAAGUUCACAGUGUCCUGAGAUUUUCUGAAAGGAAACCUUGUCCGUGUCUUCUUUCCUCCCUCUCUUAUUGUGGUUCAUGUUCUUAACAUUAGAAAACCAACGCAAAAUAGAAAAGAAAUGCAAUUAGUAAUUGCGAGACAUGUCUUAAUGUUUCUAACCUGAGCAUCAAGUCAUCGCACUGUCGUUUUGCUUCAAUCUGAGGCAUUGCUGUCUCUCCCCACCCUUAUUUAAUUACUGCUGCUAUUUUUAUACUUGGAAAAACUGUUUUCACCGUAUCUACAUUUCUCAUAUUCUUUAUCCCUCCCCCACCCCUGUUCUCUUAAUUUCACAAGAUAAAUUAGUGCAAUGCAGCUCGUAGUGGCUUGGUGUUUAUAUUCUCACAAUUUAAACAGAUUGGCUGCUACUUUUAGUACUGAGCAAUUAAACAUCUGGCUGCGAUUAAGAAAUCCCUUGCUUCCUCUCUGUAACUAAAUCACCGUGUUUUGGGGGCAUGGAGAGGGGUUAGAUCUGGGCCACAUGAAAUGAAACUGUCUGGUGUGGCCGCUUUGGAAUCCCAGCUACUUUAAUGUUGGAUUUAAAAUACAACAACCAGCCAGCAACCAAACAAACAGUGCAAGUUUCUAGACCUGAUAGUGUAGCGAGAACUGCUAGUGUGCCAUGGGAAAUGAAGAACUGGAAUAAUUUGAGGACCCUGAAUCCUCCACAUUGAAAUUCUGGGUGAGUUACUGCUCUGGGCAUCUGCUAAGGAUCGGCAGUCCUGCUGCCUCUCUGGGAUGGAUCAUUUAGUCACUCCCCCGUACAGUGAUGUAGCAGAAUCACUGUUCUGGUCUUUUUCCAGCUGGGCAACCCACACUGAACGGGAAUUCAGGCAGAAAGGAAGAGAAAAUCAGUUUGGCUCGCAGUUUAACAAAGAAUCAUAGAAUUGUAGAGGUGGAAGGGACCAUGCGGGUCAUCUAGUCCAACCCCCUGCAAUGCAGGAAUCUGGACCUAACUAAUUCACAUGCCCCAAAUGAUACAAGAACGAGAACGCAGCUACCCUUUGAAUAGCACACUUUUCCAAAUUUUGCAAUGCAGUUCUCCAGCUAUAAAGAGCGUUAAGCAAAAAAAAUUGCAUCUGUUGGGGGAAAUGUGCAUAAAAAUUAUUAUCAUUAUUAUUAUUACACAGAUCCUUGGGAAAAGUCUUUCCAGGUAAGAGAAUAAAGUGCCCCCCCUUUUCCAGUCAGAAAAAAAAUGUAUCCUCAGAUGUUGGACUAAUUUGGGAAAACCGGGUACUGCUUAAUCACAGAAGUCUCAAAGGGGUGCCAGUAAAAAUUAUAAAAAGCAUGCAAGGAACAAAAUCAAUUAAUGUUAAUGUAAUAAAAACAUUGUGGUCAAAAAUGAGAUGGCAAGAAUAAAUAUUGACAUCCUGGGCAUCAGUGAACUAAAAUGUAUGGGAAUGGGCGAAUUCAGUUCGGAUGACCAUCAUAUCUACUACUGUGGGCAAGAAUCCCAUAAAAGAAAUGGAGUGGCCCUCAUAAUCAAGAAAAGAGUGAAGUCAAAUGGGCCUUAGAAAGCACUGCUAAUAACAAGGCCAGUGGAAGUGAUGAUAUUCCAGCUGAACUAUUUAAAAAUUUAAAAGAUGAUGCUGUUAAGGUGCUACACGCAAUAUGCCAGCAAAUUUGGAAAACUCAGCAGUGGCCAGAGGAUUGGAGAAGAUCAGUCUACAUCCCAAUCCCAAAGAAGGGCAUUGCCAAAGAAUGCUCUAACUACCACACAAUUGCAUUCAUUUCACACGCUAGCAAGGUUAUGCUUAAAAUUCUACGAGGCACGCUUAAGCAGUAUGUGGACUGAGAACUCCCAGAAGUGCAAGCUGGAUUUCGAAGGGGCAGAGGAACCAGAGACCAAAUUGCAAACAUGCGCUGGAUUAUGGAGAAAGCUAGAGAGUUCCAGAAAAACAUCUACUUCUGCUUCAUUGACUACGCAAAAGCAUUUGACUGUGUUGACCACAGCAAACUAUGGCAAGUUCUUAAAGAAAUGGGAGUGCCUGAUCACCUCAUCUGUCUCCUGACAAAUCUUUAUGUGGGACAAGAAGCUACAGUUAGAACUGGAUAUGGAACAACUGAUUGGUUCAAAAUUGGGAAAGGAGUUCGGCAAGGCUGUAGAUAGUCUCCCUGCUUAUUUAACUUAUAUGCAGAAUUCAUCAUGCGAAGGGCUGGACUGGAUGAAUCCCAAGCCAGAAUUAAGAUUGCCGGAAGAAAUAUCAACAAACUGUGGGAGGUAGUGGAAGACAGGAGUGCCUGGCAUGCUCUGGUCCACGAAGAGUCGGACAAGACUAAAGGACUAAACAACAACAACAAUAAAAACAGAAUGUUUCCUUAAAAUACUUACUGAAAUAGAAAGGUAUUUGUCAAGCUGCUGAAGUUCAGUAGGAAGGGGUUUGCCUAAUCUCAGCCUGCAGGGAGUCCAAAAGAAAGGAGCCCACCAUACUAAAUACAUGGCUCCUGAGCGAUUUGGAUUGUGGAUUCAAGCCAUGGGGUGGGGGGCACUAACAGUGACUCACCCAAAAAUAUCAGAAAUCAAGCAGGGAUAUAAGGGAAUCAGGCAGUCCUUGAGCUAUCUAGAACCCAAGUUGUUUAAGGGCCUUGCUAAUUAAUUACAAAAACCUUGAGCUCAGCUUGGGGGCAUUAUACCAAAUCUGGCUGGAUUUCAGAAUGGGGACAUUUUGGAGAAUUUGGGAGGGGGGAAUUGCUUGAAUGAACUGCAUCGUAUGGCCUUUUGUUGUGCCACUUUUAAUUUAGUUCAUUUCCUCCCCUAACCCCAAACACCAGGAAAACCCUUUAUUCCGAAAAACCCCAAGAGGGAAAUCCCCAAAGAAGAGCAGAUCACGCUGGAACCUGAACUGGAAGAAGCUUUAGCAAAUGCCACCGAUGCAGAGAUGUGCGACAUUGCAGGUAAAAAGCGUAUUUCCGGCCGGAGGGUGGUGGGCAGAGAGCUGCUCCAUGUUGGGGGCACAGACAGCAGUGCGGUGUAUCGGAUCCCAGUGGAAGUUUGCUCCGAAUAGGGGGAAAGGAACCUCAUCUUAUCAGAAACCUCUUGGCAUUUAUCAAAUUGUCAGUGAAGGGCAUUUAAUAAAUACUAUCCAUCCACUCAAAAAGAAGGACAGAAGUACAAAUGCACCCAGUACACUGUCCAGUUAGGUCCUUGGGGUUGUAGCCAAUGUUAGAGUAGACCCACUGACAUUAAUGAAUGUGACUCACUUAGGCCUGUUAUUUCCAACAGGUCUAUUCCAUGUGGUACUUAGCUGGCUACAACCCUCAGCUUGGGUCUGUGCAUGGACUUCCUCUUAACCCCUUCUCAAGCCACUGACUUAGAUAUCUGGAGCAGUCCGCUGCUCUGGAUGAGGGUGUAAUAUUUAUUUAUUUAUUUAUUUAUUUAUUUAUUUAUUUAUUUACAGUGGUACCUCGGGUUAAGAACUUAAUUCGUUCUGGAGGUCCGUUCUCAACCUGAAACUGUUCUUAACCUGAGGUACCACUUUAGCUAAUGGGGCCUCCUGCUGCCACCACCGCUGCGCGAUUUCUGUUCUCAUCCUGAAGCAAAGUUCUUAACCCGAGGUACUAUUUCUGGGUUAGCGGAGUCUGUAACCUGAAGCGUCUGUAACCUGUAACUUCUGGGUAGGCUUGUCUAAACCAGAAUGUUUUUUUAGCAGGAAUGAAGAACGCUUCUUGCAUUGUCCAUUUUCAUGCAGCACAUAUCUAAAUGGUAGAACUCCCUCCCACAGGGGGCAGUGAUGGCCACCAACCUAGAUGGCUUUAAAAGAGGAUUAGAGAAAUCCUUGGAGGAGGAGGAGACAAUCAAUGGCUACUAGCCAUGAUGGCUAUGUUCUACCUCCUCAGUUGGUGGCAGCAAUGCUUCUGAAUACAGUACCAGUUACUGGAAACCUUAGGAGGGGAGAAGGCUCUUGUGCUCAGAUCCUGCUUGUGGGUAUGUGUUUGUGAGAACAGGAUGGGUCCCCUUUGGCCUGAUCUGGCAGGCUCUUCUUACAUUCGUAAUGCAAAGGAAAUACAACGUCUAUGCAAAAGAGAACCGGUCAAUUGCACAUCAUUAGUGGAUGGAAAGCAAUGACAACAGCAAACACUAACCCUGUUUGCUGGAUUGAUUUCCAUUAUGGACAUAGGAUGAAUGAGCGGACAUCGUAAAUUCCUGCUCCCAUUUUUAUAUUGAUUGGAAUUUCUCUGACAUCCCCAUUUCCAGGAGGGGACUCUGCUGCAGGCAGCCCAGGACAAUUGUAACAACCUGUAUUGCAUAAAAAGCAGGUGGGUCUCCCGUGCUGGCUGGUGACCACCGGACGGGAAAGUCCCUUGAUGUCACCUCCUUGCCAAAGCCUCACGUAUUUUUAUUGCCCCCAUGGCUCCCUGUCAGGCGUAAGCCGAUAGGGCGAGAGCACCCGAAGUGUCUGAUUUUAGCCUCUGCGUGGCGCUAAGCCAGCCCUACUCUCUGCUUGCUGCUGAGCUUUGGGAAUCGGAGCUGGACGCGGCAUGGAUGCACCGGAGCAGAAAUGUCCCCACUAGCUAUGCUGCUAGCCUGACAAAGAAGGUCGCUCCUGUCCCUGUAAAUAAUGGAUUCCCACAAAGGAUUUUUGAAAUGACGGUGCAUACAGAAAAAGGGAAAUGCAUGGAGAAGCCUCCUUCUCCCAGGCACAGGGCUGGCAGCACAGGUUGGGCUGAUCAGGCACCUGCUGGGGUCCCAAACCAAGGCAGCGGGUCCCACUGACAAGACCCCCCUCUGGCUUCUGUCUCCACUCCACUGUUGCAACCUGCUCAUCCAACCUUUCUCAACCUGUAGGUCCCCAGAUGUUGUUGAACUACAACUCCCAUCACCCCUAGCUAGCAAGGCCAGAGCUCAGGAAUGAUGGGAGUUGUAGUCCAACAACAGGUUGAGAACCGCUUUUAGUGGUGGCAAGAAGGAGGUGGAGGCACUCACUGGCAAGCAAGCCUGUGGCAACAACAUUGAGGCAGAGGAGCAGGAACAGAUGGCAAUAAUGGCAGUGGGUGGGUGGACUCACUGAGGGAGGGAGCCCACAGGAGACCUCUUGUCCAAGGCCCCCUGCAAAUCUGGAACUGUCAGUACUCUGACAGCCUAGCUUAAAAAAAAAAAAUGCAUAGGGAGCAUUUCUGCAUUUACAACCACAGGCUGGUGUUUUUAACUAUCUGAUUAUUUAUGGAUUUUGUCAUAUGUGCAGCUCUCUAUCCUAUCCACUGCUUCAUGUGGUUGUCUGGAUAACCUAACACUGUGUUUGGUGUUUACAGUCUGUAGAUCAACUUGAUAGAUAAAACAGGGGAGUCCCUGCCUGUAGUCUGAAGAUGCUCCUCUGGGAAGUAAAAAUAACACUAAAAAACAACAAGCCCGCAUGUAGAAUACUAGCGUGUCAAGGAUUCUAGCUAAACUAUUCCCAUGACAUGCUACACUUCUAUGUGCGGGAAAUUUAAAAUGCAUUGAUACAGGGAGAGCUAGGCCUAGUGAUCAGAAGAGGGUCAGGCCUCGGUGCUCUGCACUGUUCCUUGCACAUAGUUGGCAAACCAAAAUAAAUUAUCAGAAUAUAGUUGUGUGUUGGUUUUUUUGUUUUUUUUAAAAAAUACAAACCUGGCUAUUUCCUCCUCUGCUUCCUUGCAGCUAUCCUGGGCAUGUACACCCUCAUGAGCAACAAGCAGUAUUAUGAUGCCAUCUGCAGCGGCAACAUCACAAACACGGAAGGCAUAAACAGUGAGUGAUUCCUUGGUCUGCAUCUUACAGAGGGUGGCAAAUGACCAAGGAGUUAGGAGAGACUGUUGCUCGGGAACCAGAAGCAACUGUCAAACUCAAGUGGACAUGCUUGGGGGCUAGGGUCCCAAUCCUAGGAAGACUAAGCAAAACACUCUCACAAAUGAGAACAGGCUUCAAGAGAAGGGGCGUGGCCUGGGAAGGGUCUUGAGAGCUGGAAAGGGAAGACUGGAGAGCCACAUUUGCCCCCUGGUCCUGAUGUUCUGCCCUCUGUUAUUCAAGACACACUCUCUCUUUAUUUUAUUUCUCUCUCUCUCAGGCGUAGUGCAGCCUGAUAAGUACAAGCCUGUCCCAGAUGAGCCUCCAAACCCCACAAAUGUGGAGGAGACCUUGACGAAAAUCCAGAGCAACGACAAGGAACUUGAGGAAGUGAACCUUAAUAACAUUAAGGUCAGUGCCGAGUCCCAGGAGGACACACUUGGGUGCUUAAUCAGACAACACAUGAAGCAUCCCCUGUUUUGGAGUCUGUCACUUGUCAGAAGAACAGAUGCUUUGAAAAUGUCGAUGGGCUCAAGCACAUCUAGCUGAUUUUUUAAAAGCAUCUCUGGUAGCAGAAACAAGCACCUUGCUUGUUCCUUGCUUCCAGUCAAGCAUGGAGGCUGCUUUAUAUGGAGUUGGAUCCUUGGUCCACCUAGCUCAAUAUUGUCCACACUGACAGGCAGCAGCUCUGUUUCAGAGAGAGUUCCUUCCAGGCCCUACCUGGGGAUUGAACCUGAGACCUUCUGCAUGCAAAGCAGAUGCUCUGCCACUUUCCUCUAAGUGUAAGCUAAAGUUCCAGUUCUCAUGGUUAUGAACAAUUAAAAGGAUUAAUUAUCAGAGGAUAGGGGUCUGACUAGUGUGAGAGUGGGAUGGUCCUUCAAAGGUUACGAAAUACAAUGGCAGACUUUCCAAGUGUCCCUAUUUUCCAGGGACGUCCCAGAUUUAGAGAAGCCUUCCCGGUUUCUGAUUUGAUCCUGGAAUGUCCCGCUUUUCCUAAGGACGUCUCUGUUUUCAUUGGAGAAAUGUUGAAGGGUAUGGAGUUAUCUGACCUGCAAGCUGUCUGAAGGCAAUCCUGUAUGGGGAAGGUUUUUUUUAAUGUUUAAUAUUUUAUUAUGUCUUAAUAUAUGUUGGAAGUUUCCCAGAGUGGCUGGGGAAACCCAGUCAGAGCAUGGGGUAUAAAUAGUAAAACUCUCAUUAGGGAAUGGGACGUCCCUAUUUUCAUCAGAGAAAUUACAUGUGCCUCAAGGUGAUUUACAAACUUACCUUAAAAGCAGCUAAAAAUACUUUUAAAAACAAUACAAAACAACAGCUAUGUCUCAAACUGUGAUGCUGUCCCACAGAACCAGGACAGCCACACUGAAAGCCCUGCUCUAAGCAACUGUGGAUAUUUUAGGGAUUUGAAGAAGAAACUCUCCUGCAGGAUGCGGUGACCUACGGCUCUUCCACACCACCCUGGGAAAGUGUCAUUAAGCAUAUUAUAAAUCAUUUUUGUGCUACUACCGGUUAGGAGAAAAAUGAGUUUUUGCUUUGGGACAUGCGAGAUGUCAGCGGGAGAGGGGUAACAUCAUGUGGUUCCUCACCACCAAAUGCAGGAACAGGUAAGGUUUGAAGCGAGAUUUUGGGUGGUGCAGAUGGGCCUCUCUUCAUUCCAACAGGACAUUCCCGUUCAGACGCUGAUAGAAAUCUGCGACUCCAUGAAAAGAAACACUGUCAUCAAGAAGCUCAGCCUGGUUGCAACCCGGAGUAAUGACCCAGUGGCACACGUAAGCUUUGAGGUUGCUUCUCCUCUGAAAAACUUCCUUGCCCGUUAACAGGCGAUCUGGAGCUUUGGCUAGGGUUGAACCCUAACAGGGAACUGGCGAAGGAGAACAGAAUUGGAGAAGGAUGACUCCCUGUGUUCAUCCAUGGAACCUUCUAGGCUAGAAUAGCCCCAAUUUAGGACAACUUAUGUAGGCUUUGUGGUUAACCAAAUACUGGGUGAACAGGACCAAAACAGAAUCAGGACCAGAGCCCUGAUUUAGUCCUACUUAAGCAGGGAUGGGAGAGUCUGCAGUCCUCCAGAUGAUGCUGAACUGCAACUUCCAUCAGUCAUGGCCAGCCUGGCCUUUGCUCUGGCUUUUCUUUAUUUUAUUCUAUAAAAUUUAUAUACCGCAUGAUUGUAAAAACAAACAAACCCUCAAAACUGUUACGAAAAGAAUGGAAUAAUCAAAUGAUCAGUUAAAGAAAGGUUGCAAGCAACUAUCUGAAAACACUCAAAGCAAAUUAAAAUCAACAAUAAGCUAAAAAGCGGGUGAAAGCACAUGCCAGUGUUCUACACAUCCAGAUAGCCUUAUCUAAACAAAAAAUAUUUUUAGCUGGUGCCGAAAAGAGUACAGCGAAGGCACUUACCUGAUAUCAGGAGGCAGUGAGUUCCAAAGGGAUAGUGGAAACAUCAAAUGUUGGGGUAGUUCAACACCUUCCAGACUUUGCUGGACUCCAGCUCCCAUCAUCCUCUGUGACUGCUGCCCUCGCUGGCUGCUGGAGCUGCUGGGAGUUGGAGACAGUGGCUGAAGGCAAUUCAGUAGUACUUUGGUUCUUGAAAGGCUUAAUUGUGAAACAAAUCGGCUCCCGAACACCGCAAACCCGGAAGUAAGUGUUCCAGUUUGCAAACGUUUUUUGGAAGCCAAACGUCCAGCGCGGCUUCUGCUUGAGUGCAGGAAGCUCCUGCAGCCAAUUGGAAGCUGCGCCUUGGUUUUCGAAUGGUUUUGGGAGUCAAACGGACUCCCAGAAUGGAUUAAGUUUGAGAACCAAGGUACCACUGUACUUGCAAGAGUUCCUGAACUUUGCCUGUUUCUCCGCCCCCAGGCUGUGGCUGAGAUGCUGAAGGAGAACAAGACCCUUCAGAGCCUCAACAUUGAAUCUAACUUCAUCACCAGCGCUGGGAUGAUGGAAGUCAUUAAAGCCAUGAAGGAGAACUCCACGUUGACUGAACUCAAGGUGGACAACCAGGUUAGCCGGCCACCGUUUUGGGGUCAGAGCCCCUUGCACUCUCCCUCUGCUCUGCAGCCGGAUGAAACGGCGAGCAAAGGCAGCUGUCUCUCUGCAGCACUGGUGGAAAAGACCUGCUUGCCUUCUCUCCCUGUCCUGGAGAUGAGCAGCCCUAGACCUGCUUUGCUUCAGCAAGGUGGCUGCUUUGUGCAUCCUCAAACCAUGCUCUGGUUGCAUGAAUUUGCAAAGUUCAGCCUGCAACAUCCUCUUGUCUCCUCGCAAACCAAAUGUCAUCUUUUAAAACCAAAAACAGUAGUGUGGGGCCCCUCCUCACUUCCUUCACACUUCUCAUUUCUCUUUCUUCCUUCUCCCCACACAGCGCCAGCGACUGGGCGACUCGGUGGAGAUGGAGAUGGCCGCCAUGUUGGAAAAUUGCCCUUCCAUUAUCCGCUUUGGUUAUCACUUCACGCAGCAAGGACCAAGGGCCAGAGCCUCCAUCGCGAUAACCAAGAACAACGAAUUACGUAAGUGGCGCUGGCUUGGAGACCCCAGUGGCCUCUCUUAAUUCUUGAAUGGAUAAUUGAGUGCUCAUUUUUAGUGGGUGGACAUCAUAGCUGGCUAUCCUGUUCCUGAUGUCACUGGGAAGGCCACAAGUAGGGCCAGAGGGCAACAGUGAUCUCCCCACCUGUGAUUCCCAGUAACCUCUAUUCAGAGGCAUACUUCCUCCAGCAAUGGGGGUCAUGGCUAGUAGUAACCUUUGAUAGCCGUACUGUCCUCAAUGGAUUUGUCUACUCUUAAAGCAAUCCCCGUCGGUAGGGAUCGCUACUUCUUGUGGGAAUGAGUUCCAAAGAUGAACUAUGCUCUGUGCAAAGAAGUCCUUCCUGCCCCAACUUUCUCUGCAUGCGAAAAGUCCCAGCUUCAACUCCCAAUGUAUCCACCCUACUGUCCUAAACCCCAGACAGCUGCUGCCAGUCAGUGUAGAGUCUACUGAGCUAGAUGGGACCCCAAUGGCCUGACGGGGUAUAUAAGGCAGCGUUCGGUGUCCUCACAUUGCUCGUCUUUCCUUUGCAGGCCGCAAGCAGAAGAAAACAUAAUGGCCCACCCCCUGCGACCGAAUCCAGAGUGCCCUUAAGCUUCCUCAUGUGCCUCUAAGCAGCCUUUUAAGCUCUGCCUGCCUCCCAGAGACAGAGUUUUGCCAACAGCAAGGAUUUUUAUUUUAUUUCAAGAAGAGAAUUUCUCGGAGAGAUUUGCCCUGCUGUUCCCCCCUCACCUUGGCGACCGAAACCACCCCCCAACCCCAAUUUCUUGCAAUCUCAGGUUCUUUCUUCCUCUGAAUCCAGGCUCCCCGUCUUUUGAUUACCUCUGUAAAUAAGAGAGAUUUCGGAGAGACGCCCGCCCUGCCCCAAAGAACUGGCUUUGUUCUCCGCUAAGGACCAAAGGCAGUUGCAAUCUUCCUAUCUUUCCUAAACAAGCUACUAUUAUUAAAUGAUUCGGCACCAUCUCGCUGAUCGAAACCUGAAUACGUAUAAUAUCUCAAAUUUCUUGGGUUGUCAGCUCGCAUUUGGAAAUGUUUGCCCCCUUCUGUAAUGGGCAGCCCCACACCUGAGAUGUGGCCUCUUCCCCAAAGCCUCCCAUCACCUUUUGGGAAGCCCAGAUGGGUGGGGUAUAAAUAAUAAAAUUAUUAUUAUUAUU